AUGGAUUUUACUCCCGAAGAAAUUGAUCUCAGCUCUCCAUGCUUUUUGGUGGAGAAUUCGCAGUCUCAGGAAACCGAAACAAUCUUUCGAUCAGACAGUGUACGUGAUUUGGCGAUUCUGAAACAGUUGACUCGAUUAUCAACCAGCCGGACUGAUCAUGCAGCGGGCGUCUCUUGUGACGAUCUGUCGUUUCCUACAAAUUGUGCCGCUAUCAGUUGUUCUACUGUUAAAGGAGAGGGUGCAGGAAGAGAGGAAGGUGAAACAAGCCGGCAACAGGAUGAUCGCGGCCAACAUGGACAAGGACGGGAUAGCGGCGGAGGUGAUGAUAGAGGAGGUAGCGAUGGUGGAGGAGGUGAUGAUAAUGGGGGUGGGGAUGGGGGCAAUGAAGGUGGCGGAGGGGAUGCCGAUGGGGGGGAGGGUAAUGGUGGUGGUGGUGGUAAUGAUGGUGACAGUGAUGAAAACAACGAGCAAGAUCCCAGUACAAAUGAAGAAGAAUCUCCUCAUCCGGAGGAGCCUUCCUCAUCAAGUGAUGCACUACCAGAGCUAAUUCGCCCAGAAGCUGGUGUCUUCUCAGAACCACUGGUGCGAGUUGUGGUAAAAGAUGAGGUACCUCCCAAACUUUAUGGUAGUGGGGAAGGGAGAAGUGGAGGAAGUAUACAUGACUCUAGUGGCGAUACAUGUAGUAAUAGCCAGGUAUCAACUGGCAUUGUUGGUGAGGGGGCGGAUGUUGCUAAUGACUUAGGUGAAGUAUCUACUGCCCUUGUGGAUGAAGAGAAGAAGUCAUCAAGCUCAUCAAGUGUUGGACAUAAGUCUGAUCAUGGCUCAGCCAUCAGCAGCAGCAGUUACCAUGGAGAUCUCAGCAACUUGUCUAGUGAAAGCAGCCUCCAAGUAUCCCCAGAAGUUCGUAAACACCUCCCACUAUUACUGAGGAAACAAUCAACUAGUGACACCAGCACCAGUAGUGCUGGGUCAAAAGAGGAGAAAGUUCAUGGCAAAGUUUCUGGUUUUAAGCUGUGGUCGAUGGAGGGAGAGCCAGAAGGUUGUUCUUCCCAAGAGGACUUGUUUGCUGCUUCUCAAGGCCAUAAGGAAGGGACAACAAGACAAAAUCUGUCAGUUGACUUGAAUUUACCACAACACCAAUCCACUCCAGUAGAUGGUAAAAACAUUAGAGAAUCACAUCCUUGUGAGAAAUCACUAUACAAACAAGUGCUCACUUCUAAGCAACGUACAUCAACACCAGUUGAAGGUGGUGGUGGAUUUUUCUGUACCCCUCCCUCUCAAGGAACACCAAUUAAUAACAUGGCUUUUCAAAGCUUGCAUUUUUCUGGAGAGCCUAGUGUCAGGGAGUCUUCAUCUUCAUCAUCAGAUAAGGUGCAUCCUUCACCAGAAGGCUACAACUCAAUUCCAGCUUUAGAGCCAUCUUCUCCUUCAGCUGGUGAUGAAGAGCAACUAGAAAAGAAAAGUAACAGGAAAGAGGGAACCUAUGAGAAAGAGUGUGAAGACAGACAGGUUCAAAAUUCUAAAAGCAUCAACAGAUCAGUUGAAAAUGAUAUAGAGAAGGAACAGUCAGAGAUUUCAAGAGCAGCGGCAGAAUUGAUGCAUUCAUUUGAUUUGUCACAGAGCCAAAAAGAACAUUUGCAAACACCAGUGUCUCCCAGGCUCAGAGAAUCAUUAGAUGAUGAAAAAGUUGAGUUACCACUCUGGCAGCAAAAGCAGCAGCAAGAGGCACUCCAGCAAGCCAGUGACACCAAUGAAAAGAAGUCAAGUAACAGUUCCUCACAGGGAUCCUCUCGUGAGGACUCAUCAAAGGAUGAAUCAUCAUCACCCCAACUGCAGCAGUGGCAACCAGUUAGUAGUGCUUUGGGUACCAACAGCUCAGGUCCUGCACUUUCAAAAGAGGAAUCUACCGCACUGACACCAAAUGGUGCCAAGGAGCCACGUACAGUUCUCAUAAGUGACAGCUUCCUUAACAGUCCUAAGCCGCUAAUUUCUGAUUUACCAGUAGAACACCUAGAGGAAAGCUUGCAUGAAGAGCAGUUGUCACUGUCCCCAUCUUCACUCGUAAUAGAUCCCUUUAAGUCAACCAAAAGCAAGGCUGCAGGUGCUGAAGGAAGCUUCGCUGUGCUGCCAGGUCCCACACAACCAGAAAUGAGUGAAGAUAUGUUCCUCCCAGUAGUGGUAGAACAGAAAAGCAAGAAACAGAGAAGUAUUUCAGAUGGAUCUCCUGACCAGUCCGUGGAAGAACAGAAUGUGCAAGAGGUCUUAGAUUCUCAAGACAUAGUGAUGCCAUUCUCAUUGCAUCUAACGCAGUCGCAAUCAAACAUGGGAAGCCAGAUGCUAGCAGACAUCAGCCAGGGAAUGGAGGGAAUUCAGAAGGAUGUGAUUGUCAGUGAAGUGACAAAUAACGUCACCGUGUGCAAACUGGCAGAAACAAUUCAAGCUGAAGAGACAGGGACUUUGACCAAACAAGACUCCGGAAGCCAGUCUAUUUUAGCUCAUCUGAGGACACCACUUCCUACAAUGGCUCUUGCUCAAGGUAAUAAUGACAAAGAACAACUGACUGUGGAGGUUCCAACCAAAGCACCGAAGAAUGUUGUGAGAUCUAUAGAAGGCAUUAACGAAAUUCAUCGCGAGCAAGGUACCCACCCCUCUCCCGAUCAGGGUGAUGUAAUCCACCCUCCUGAGAAGACUGCACUUGCCGAAGAAUCAGGGGGUGUCACUCAACCUGUGGAGCACGAAGCGCCUGAUGAUCUUGUGCAAGAACAGGCGAGCAUACCGGAGAGGGAAACUGAAAUGACAUUCAGAGAGAAAGACACGUCUGAUGAUCUUGAAAAAGAACAAUCAAGCUCAGCAGGUGUUCGUGCAAGGAAACCGAUAAAGCCAACGCUCCCAGCAGCAAUAUUUUCAGAACCCUCCAGUGACUCUGGAACAAGUUUCCAUUUUUCCUUACCAAGGGAGCCGCUAAGACCAUUGAUUUCUACUACCCCACCCCCUUUAAGACCCGUUCGUCAAGACACACCAGACUCAGAGGGGAGGAGUAGCAGACGUAGUACUAUCCCGGAUGUGGUUCUUCCUGUGGUUAGAGAAACACCAGGGAUGUCUAGCCAAGAACCAGCUAUCCACUUCGAACCCAGCCUACCUCGGGCUUCUACAUCGACAGAGAGCUUAGACCGUCCUCAUACCAGUGCCCCAGUACCCCCGCGAUCAAUAUUUAGUCGCGCUCGAGAAGCUAUCGUCAAAACCAAGAAGAGAGGAGUGGGGGAAGUCCAAAGCGAUGACGAUCCGUUUGCGUUUACUGCUGACGAUGAUGUGCCAGAACCCGUGCGAAAAAAGCCAAAACAGGGAUCUACUCGUGGGACGCUUGGAAAAGAGACUAGAACAAGAACAGGGGUCGGAAAUACUCCGAGCGCCAAAAGAGUUCGCGAAGAAAAAGAGUUUUCCUCUGAGAGUGAAGGAUUAGAAGAAGCACUCUCGAAACAAGCCAGAAGAGAGGACGAUGAACCGAAACCUGCAAGUGACGAGGCGGGAAAGGCUACAUCAUCCAGUGUCGUACACUACAAGCAAAUCAUGUGUACACGCACUGUAACCACGGUAACAACUCAAGUUAAACGAAAUGUAACCAUGACUAUAGUUGAUGAGGAAUCAGGAAAAGUUGUACAAGUUUUAACCUUUGAAGAAGACGGGGAACCGAAGGUAGAGAGCCAAGAGGAGCGGAAAGAAGAAGUUACUAGAUUUGUGGAGACUUCCAAUGACGAUGGGUUCCGUGUAACAGUUUCCGCGGGAACAUCGAAACGAGAAGAGCUCCAGCAAAAGAGCAGAAGUUCUCCGCGAAGGAAGAAUGGUAGAUCCCCGACUUCUAAACAAGCAACGUGCGCUUCUGAUAAAACACGGGCGUUGGUAACAUCUGGUAAGAGCAGUUCUGAUAGAAGCCCGGAAAAUAGAGGUAAAGGAAAUAGAGACGACCUGCAAACUAGGGAUGAACCUACAGAAAUCCCUUCCAUCUCAAGGCAGGCUACCGAACCAGUUAUAGGGGAGGAAUCAAAUCUCAAACGCUCCUCAUCGAGUGAUUCCUCUUUGACACCAGGAACAUGCGUGUUAGCCAAGUGGUUGGACGGUUACUUCUACCCAGGAAUAAUCACUGCAAAGCAGUACAAAAACGGACGGUACUUGGUAACCUUUGACGACGGCGACAAGCGAAGGAUUCCACGAGAAAACCUUAUCAUUAAGGAUUUGUUGCCAGUUGGGCAGAAUGUUAUGGCUCAAGGCGAUCUUAUAGAUGACUUUUAUGAAGAAGGGGUUAUCGUGGGACAUUAUCGAGAACGAAACGAACGCGGUUACGAGAUACAGAUCCAGAAUGGCGCAAUACGCCGGUACCCGCGUAGUAGAAUAAUUUUAUCGGAACAGCAAGCUGUAGCUGUUUUAUCCAGUGAUAGUUCGUUUAACGUCACAAGUGGUUCCAGUGUCAGUAUUGGUACGCACAGCUUGAGGCGAGCAGGGAGUAGUAACGCUAGUCUACACGAUAUCUCCAAGUCGGGUAGCAUAGGUGCUAAGGACACUUCACGAGACACUAGCUCUAAAGAUACGAGCUCAAAUGACGAGAAAACGCGGGGAAAACACGCUGAUCGCGCUUCACCACGCGGUAGCCCAAGACGUUCAAAAGUGGCAUCCGCCGACAUCGAUAUCACACCCAAGUCUACACACAAGUCGUCACACAAGGUCAAGGCGCAAGCUAGACGUGCGGGACAGAGAAUCGGUGAGAGCGAAUCAAGUUCAGAUGAACAGCACGGUAAGGCUGGCGGCAAAAGACGAUAUGUUAGGAGAGGAUUGUCAUCUACCUACGGUCCCAAAUCACCUGCGAGGCCCGCUGGCACGCUGCCAGCCCAACCUGUUGGGGGACACACGUCACGUAAACAGAUGAGAGAAAGAGAGGACACUGGCGAAGUACCGCAUCUACCCAAAAACAGGAAUAUAUUUGCUGGUUUAGCCUUUCUGGUGACAGGCGUGACCAGAGACAAGAAUGAACCUGAAGAGACGGACAGUGAAUCGGAAAGAAUUGACUUUAAUCGCGAUCACUUGAAGCGUCAAAUCGAGGCUGGUGGUGGCGUCGUACUGUCCUCAUUUCCUCAAUCCCAGAUCUCUGGCGCAGAGUGCUUUUUGAUAUCCCACACGCACCAGCGGACACAAAAAUAUUUCCAGUCCCUCGCCUCUGGAAUUCCGUGUGUGUCACACAUAUGGAUUAAUGAUUGUUGCGCUUGUGAUAAGCGUUUGGACUACAAGCGGUACUUGCUACCUGCGGGAGAAAGCCUGGAAGAGGGAGAAAUCGUAGAAUGCCGGCUGAGAAGAAACAUUUUGGGCGGCAUGCGAGUCUAUCUUCACGGGAGCCAGCCGUUCAAAGACACUUGGUCCAGCGUGUUGCUGGCUGCGGGAUGUAAUAUGGUCGCCAAGCUUCCAGGCCGUGUUGAUUACGAAUGCGAUGUUAUCAUCUGCGAGGACCACAAGCUUCCCGCGAGUGUCAAACACGCCGCGAAUCUGCUUGGGAUUCCUAUUGUCUCACUGGAAUGGCUUUUGCAAACACUCAUCAAUGGUCGACAGCUUCCUUUUGAAGGUCACCCUAAGUAUGAUUAUCGGUGUAAGAAUGCGUGACCUUGGUAAGAACUUGAACGCGUGACCACGUGUUAUCUUUGGAAGUGUUCGUCCCUAUGUCAAACGUGACAGAAGUGGGUUGACUUUAAAACUGGCCAUCGAUUCUCAGUGCUCGAAUACAUGUUGUGAUUUUCAAACCUCCCAUAUCGAGCCUUCGACUUGGUCGGCUUGCCAUCUGUAACAAUUUAGAAGGCAGUUGAAUGUGCUAUGAUGUUUUAACGCUGGAAUACGUGGAUCGCAUGUAAAGAUUAGAAAUGUGGGGCAAUGGUUUUUUUUUUCUAAAAAAGGAAAGGAUGCUUGACUGUGAGUGCGUGUCAGGGCAUUUAAAACCCGUCAAAUAAGUCUCAACCAUGCGUUGUUGAAAUUUUGAGUACAGAUUUAAUUUUUUAGGAAAAGUAUCAUUUUAUUGGGAUCAAGGUUUAGUAGUAAUAUCACCGCAUCAAAUUAUUCUCAUAUUUUACUAGUAAUGAAAUAGUAACUAGGGUAUAAAUUUAACUAAUUUUUGUUGUCGGGGGCAAAGAAUAAAUGAAUGAAUGACGAUGAUAAUCACAAAAUGGUAGAAUAGAUAGAUUUGAAAAUCAUAUAUGUGUACUGCGGUUUUAAGAAAUGUAUGAAAGAGAUCCUCGCAAUAAUGACUUAUAAUGACACAACUUAUGUAUCAGUGAAAAAAAGCCUGGAUAAGAAAAAUUCAGGCCCGUACGGCCCUGAACUAUUUUCACUACUACAAAAGGAGUGUUGAUUACUGCGAGGAUCGCUUUCAUACAUUACAAAUGGCAGAGCCAAUCACAUUUUCUGAUAUGCAAGAUGUUGACUUUGUUUUAGCUAAAUUAUUUUGUAAAUAUGAUUUCUGUUUCAAAUGGAAAUUUUGAUAAUUUUAUCGAGGUUAUAUUUCUUAAGAACAUUAAUCUAAUUAGUUUUUAUAGUUUAAAUGUUCUCGCUGUCCUCCGUCGGCAUAGUUCCUAUGUUAUUUAUUUUGGUAGAAAACUGUCGAUAAAUAAUGUAAAUUUUCACUUUUCAAGUAUGGUGUAUUUGCUCCGAGAUUGACACAGAAAGACAUAGUACGUUUCAAGUUGUGAUAAACAUAUGUGGUUGAAGGUGAUAGAGAAUUUAAUAUUUUCUUCACAUCAAAGAUCAUAGUAGAAAUAUCAUCAAAGGGCCUGCUUUUCGCCCUAUGAGACCUUCUGGUAAAAGGGACAUGCAACUUCCGUUCUCCAAAGUAAAAUUUGAAAAAAGCGUGUUGAAUAAAGAUUCACGGAAACCUGA